CACGUCAACCCCAAUUGACAGGUGUCAAAAAAAAAUUAUAAUUGUUGUCAAAAUCGGACUCUAUAUUGUUCUUAACAGAAAAAGUUCGGUUUUAUUUGUUAAAUGUGCCCGAGAAUAAUAAAAAAUUGUGUGGUUUGCUGCGAUGUACUGCCUCCAAUGGUUGAUACCAGUUCUAUUGAUACCGAAACCAUUAAAUCCGGCCUUGGUGCAAACACACGUAAUGUUCAUGGUGCUUUACCUGAUUGGAUUUUUCUUGGAAAAGAAACCUUGCACAAUUUGCAGUUUGAUUUUUUUGGUAGCCGUCUUCCUUAUUUGUUAUAGCGGGGUGGGAAAUUGCGUGUUGUGGAGCUCAGGACCUUGUACAAGUGACAACGGAUAACCUAAAAUGCUACUUAGAAAUUUUUCCAAUGACUAUUUUUUCUAUUUUAUAACAAAAAGAAAUUACUUCUCAUUGAGAAGAAUUGUACGUUGCGCGAGUUUUUUCAUAGAGUGAUUAAAAAAAAAAUGUUAUACGUGUUUAUAUCAAGUUUAUAUUUUAACAUUUUCUUUUUAUAUAAAAAUUUAUAAAAGCAUUAUUUUUAAUUUUGUUAAUUUGUAAAUAACCACAAUAACAAUGUAUAUACUAGAUAUACUGUUUGUAUACAUAACUUAUUGUAUCAUUUUAAGGAUUUUAUUUUGUAUUCUGUUACCUUAAUUUGGGUGUGUUUGGCCGUUGUUGAUUUAACUUGACGAUUUCUCUUAAAAGAACUUAAAUGGAUUAUGAAAGGGGAAAAUAACAGUUAAAAUAAAUUUUACAAGUUA